AUGUCAAACGUGGAAGAUGAGCGAAUCUAUGGAUCAAGAAGAAUGAGCAUUACACUGCUGCUGUCCCAAACAUUGGGAGUAUAUACGAUGCUGUUUCUGCCACAUGCAGCCGUGGCCUCGGGGGCAGCAGGAUAUGUUAUAGUCUACUCCUUGAUAUAUGUCGUGAUCGGGAUCCCUGUGAUGUACAUGGAGAACGUACUAGGCCAGUUCACAGGCCGUGAUUGCAUCGAGGUGUGGAAAGUCAGGCCCUGUUUGUCACAUUUUGGCUAUGUUCACGUCGUUUGGCAUUUAGACUCGGAAUGGGGGCCAACGAGUGAAAUACUGAGGCGCAGUAGAGCCAUGUUCACUGCUCAGGCGAUGACUAAGGAGUACAUGUAUCGACAUUACCACCUGAAGGCUGGAAUACUCAAAAGACAGCAAAGAUCUAAUGUUAGGAUCAAGCCUGCAAGAACUGAAGGAGUUCGGUUUGAUAUUUACAGAAAGUGA